AUGCAAGCAUUAAUAUUCUCAAUAGUUUUGGUAUGCGUUAUUCUUUCAUGUGUACCAGCAAGAUCAGUAGAAAAUACUGAACCUAUUUCGAAAGUAUCAAGAAAAGAUACUAUUGGUGAAUCAUUAAAUUAUGCAAAUUUGUUAAAAUUUUUGAAAAAUCGAGAAACAAAACUUUAUGAAAAUAAUGAUGACGACAGCAGUAGCGAUCAAAGUAAUGAUGACGACAACUCUAGUGACCAAAGCAUUGAUGACAUGCCACGUAAAAGAGAACAAUUAAGGUCAGCAAAUCGACGAUUCCUUAUUUUUACUAAUCAACAUGCAAGUCGUCGAGCUCGACCAUUUUAUAAUUAUGGACGAAAAUCUCAUUGGGAUACAUUUUUUGGAUAA